CCACAGAUGGGACAUCAGGUGUCAACUUCACCCAGAGAGGGUAGGGAGAGCUGCGAGACGAGGUGAAGAAGAUAGUUUGAAAACAAAAGUUUUUACCUCAAAGAGGUAGAUGAGGUUCCGGCACUGGGAGAGGACUCAACUCUGGCGGUUCUACGCGGGAGGUGGGGACAUCGUUGAGGGGCGCCGACUGCGCCAGCCGCCUCCCAGCUGUCAGCCCCAGAGCUUACACGGCUUGACACGGGUUUACUCUCGCGGCGUCCAGCCUGGGUCGCUGCCACUUCCGGACACACGCCCAAUCCCGGGGGCGCCGGAGCAGGGUCGGGGCCGAGGACAAGCAAGGCACAGCGCAGGCGGUCCCGCCUGGCUUCCCGAGUCUUCAGGAUUCCCGAGUCACCGAGCCUCCGGCGUGCGCUCCAGGCCGAGCCUACAAACUGGCUUUCAAAGGAAGUUUGUGGUUUUUCUUUUUCUUCUCUCUGUCCCUCUUUUCCCCCUGUCCGGACAAAGACAAAUUAGCCAAGGACGCGGUCCCUGGAGGAGGAGGAGGGGCCUGCUCAGCUACCGAGGAUUUCCAUCAGGGCUGUCUGAGCCGGUCAGCAGCCCGGUGAGCCGCAGAAAGGAAGAGAGAAAAACAACAGACCCUUUCUCUUCCCUCCGCCUGCCGCGGGAAGGGACGGAGCGCGUGUGCCUCUCUGGUGAGAACCGGGAAAAGCAAGCGGCCUGGCAGAGCCGGGAGGAGCAGGGCGGGACAGAGGCAGUUGAUUAGACCUCCCUGGAUGCCCGCCGCAGCCCUCUGCUCUGGAGCCAAGAAAGCAGGGCGGAAGGGCGUUGUGUUUGCAUAUUUACUCGUUCAAUAUGAAAGAAAAUUCCCACUCCUGGUUUUCUGGAGCCCCUGAGCUCUUUCCCAAGGCUUCUCUUCCUCCCCGUAUGCUUUUUUUUUUGAAAGGCUAGGAAUGAAACUGGUUCAGCUGUGUACCUGGUCGAGGGUGAGGAAGACGCUCUUCUGCCUCUUCUCACCUCCCCGAGAAGCAGGACAAUCUGGGGAUAGAUUAAAAAAUGAGGGAACAUGUUAUGAUGAAGGGACAUUUUUCCCCCCAAGUAGUCUGCCCUGGGACACGCAAGUGGCAGUUAAGGGAUGUUGGAACCCAGCCUUACGUUCUGAAGGCUCCUCUAAACUCUAUUGAUGUGACGGCCAAAGGGUAAGGCUUCCAGCAACUCGGAAAGCCGAGAACAGUUGCAACAGAGACCCAGGAAGCAAAGUCACGGUUGCAACAGCCCAUGAAUGAGGAGUGUUUGCUCAGGCUGUAGAAGAAAGGCUAUGAAGAAGGAGGAAGAGUUGGCACGACUGUAGAUUUUAAGAAAACAAGUCAAACAUUAUGGUAAUGUUUUCCUAUCGUGAACAAACACAUUGAUCACGAUUUGUCAGUUUGGUA